AUGCCGUGCAAGAAGGAGGUGAAGAAGGGUGAAGAGGAGGAGAUUGUGAAUGAAGGGAAGCAGAAUGAGGAGGAGGAGAUUGAAAGGGAGAAUAAUGGGGAAGAGGAGACUGUGAAUGGAGGAGAAAAGAAUGAGGAGGAGGAAAAUGUGAAGGAAAAGGAGAAGAAUGAGGAGGAGGAAAAUGUGAUGCAAAGGGAGAAGAAUAAUGGGGAUGAGAUUGUGAAUGAAGUGAAGAAGAAGGAGAAGAAGGAUAAUGUGGAGGUAGGGAGAAAGAAUGAGGAUCAGGAAACUGUGAAGGAGAGAGAGAAGAAUGAGGCGGAUGAGAUUGUGAAGGAAGGGGAGAAUAAUGGGGAGGAGAUUGUAAAGGAAUGGGAGAAGAAUGAAGAGGAGGAGAGUGAAUGGGAGAAGAAUGAAGAGGAGAAUAAUGUGAAGGAAGGGAAGAAGAAUGAAGAAGAGGAGAUUGUUAAGAAAGGGGAGAAGAAUGAGGAACAGAAUAAUUUGAAGGAAGAAGAGGAGAAUGAGAAGGAGGAGAUUGCGAAGGAAGGGAAGAAAAUGGGGUGGAAAAAUGGGAAGGAGAUGGAAAUUGUUGAGGAGAAGCAGGGGAACAGAAUGAGGAGAGGGGAGGUGGAGAAGGAGGGUGCUGGAGGGAAAGAGGCCGAUGAGGAGAAGAGCAUACCUGUCGUUUCGAACAAAGUGUGUGCGUUAUCUGAUGAGAUCAGUGUGUUCGCUUAUGAGAUCAGUGUGUCCGCUUAUGAGAUCAAUGUGUGUUGUAUGUUAUCUGAUGAGAUCAGUGUGUCCACUAAUGAGAUCAGUGUGUGCUAUCUGAUGAAAUCAGUGAGUCCGCUUAUGAGAUCAGUGUAUGUUAUCUGA